AUGACCAAAAUUUACAAGCCCGGCAAAGUUGGUGUCCUGCUCCAAGGAAGACAAGCAGGAAAGAAGGUCGUCGUUAUCCAACAAUACGAUGACGGAAACCGCGAACGUGCUUUCCCUCAUUUGUUGGUUGCCGGUGUUGAACGUUACCCAUUAAAGGUCACCAAAUCAAUGGGUGCAAAGAAAUUGGCAAAGCGUAGCAAAGUUAAGCCAUUCAUCAAGGUCGUCAACUACAAUCACGUUAUGCCAACCCGUUACACUUUGGAAUUGGAACAAUUGAAGGGUGUUAUCAAACAUGAUACAUUCAAAGAAUCUUCCAGCCAACGUGAAGAUGCCAAGAAGACAAUUAAGAAAUUGUUCGAAGAACGUUACGCAAGCGGAAAGAACCGCUGGUUCUUCACUGCUCUCCGAUUCUAAAUGUUGACAAUGUCGAUCCGACCGGAACACCAAACUUUUGUCACUUCAAAAUCUUUCAGCAUAAAACUUCACACAUACACACAGAUUCAAUCAUUUCUUCCAUCAUCGGCGCAUUACG